AUGAGUGUAACUUUGUGUUGUGAAAUACUUUUAACACUGUUCAUUCUAGAGGCUUCGGCGUCUUUCUGGCACGAUCGCAGAUUACCCAGUCACUUGUAUACAAACGCAUCACGAACCCGCCAUAAGCGGCAGGAAGAGGCAGAUUGCAGCUACAACGAAUGGCGUUGCAACGAGGGCACCUGCGUGCGCGUCAACAGCGACUGCAACGGCCGGAUCGACUGCCCGGACGGCAGCGACGAGACCUUCGAACUCUGCAGGAACCGCGAGUGCGGGCCGUAUACCUUCCGGUGUAACUACGGCGGCUGCGUGGACGAGACCGCCCCCUGCAACAACCGGCAGGAAUGCCCCGACGAGUCCGACGAGCUGCUUCCCCGGUGCAAGGACGAGAAUCCGGUGGAAGGCGGCAAGUUCAAGUGCCGCGACGGGGCCCUCGUGCCCGUCGAGAGGCGGUGCGACGGCGCCGCGGACUGCGCCGACGGCUCGGACGAGACGGUGGGCGCGUGCGCCGAGCUGGCCUGCCCGCCGGGCCGGUUCCAGUGCGAGUACGGCGGCUGCGUGGACAGGGGGGCGCAGUGCAACCGCACAAUCGAGUGCGCCGACGGAUCGGACGAGAAGAUCGAGCUGUGCGGGGUUCAGACCCUCGUCAGGCCAACAACGCCAGCGCCGGUCACUGAGGCGCCCAAAUGUCUCUCCCCUGAGCCGCCGCAGAACGGAACGUACACUGUCAUCGGGCAGGCGGACUCCCCCGACGUGGACUACCUGUACCUGGAGUUCGCCUGCGACCUGGGCUUCCGUCUGGUCGGCGAGGCGAAGGUGGCCUGCCUCAACGGCACCUGGCCCAGGCUGCCCCGCUGUGUCCAGACGUGCCAGUUGAUCAAACACGUCAGCAUUGAAUACGAGUGUACGGACGAUGCAACCGGCAAGCCGCGCGAUUGCGACCCCGAAGAGAUAGAGGGCGCUGUCGUCAGGACUUCCUGCCGGAGGCCCGUCUACUACUCGCCGGUGGAGCUGCCCUACAUGCACUGCCGCCAGGGCGUGUGGAGCGCCGCGCCGGUCUGCACGGCCGAUUGCGGCACCCAGUCUUUGGGCAGCACACCACUAGUGCUGCUCGGCGGCUACGCCCGCGCCGGUGAAGUGCCCUGGCACGUCGGCAUCUACGACAGAUACACGAAGCCCGGUCACGUUGUCCAGAUAUGCGGCGGCUCACUCAUCAGCAACACGCUGGUGUUGUCCGCGGCGCAUUGCUUUUGGAACGAGAACUACCGCGAGCUGAACGAGGCGGGCCAGUACGCCCUAGCCGCCGGGAAGCUAUACCGCAGCUGGGACCACCCCAAAGACGAGCCGUUCGUGCAGAAGUCCAAUGUAUCCGAAAUCAUCGUGCCCAAUUCGUACCGCGGCCUGGAGCUGUACUACAAGAACGACAUCGCCAUCGUGGUGGCCGCCACGCCCUUCGAGUACAAGACCUACGUGGUGCCCGUGUGUCUGGACUUCGACGAGGAGUUCAGCAACGAGCAGCUACGGAAUGGCUUGCGUGGGAAGGCGGCGGGCUGGGGCCUUACGACAGGUUUGGUCGGUUCCGAGUCGCCUGUACUCAAGGUGAUAGACCUCCCGUUCGAGAACUACGAGAGCUGCCUGAACCUCACCACGCCGGCUCUGGCGCGUUACAUCACUUACGAUGACAAGAUCUGCGCGGGCUCUUUGGACGGCGAGGCGCUCUGCCGCGGCGACAGCGGCGGCGGGCUCGCGUUCCCCUCCGCUCGCUCGGGCCGCCGCCGCUGGUACCUGCGCGGCGUCGCCUCCACCAGCCCGCCGUCGAACGACGCGACGCAGUGCAACACGCGCUCGCUUACCAGCUUCACGGCGGUCGGCCGCUUCGAGCGCUUCGUGAAAUCGCGCUGGUACCCG